CUCACAGAACAGGUGAACCGUUUUUUUUUUCUGGAUGUAAUUCGCUUCUCGCGCAGACUGUUGCCGCCAUGUGUCGGAUGUGUGCGCUCAUAUCGGAUGAGGCAGUCUUGCUGGCCGAUAUCCUUCUGAGGCCGCGGAUGUCGUUGGUUCACCAAAGCUAUGCUGCCCGGGAGCGGCGCGCCCUACCACAGGGUGUCUCCCCAAGCAUGGCAUAUCAGCAGCCUUGUUUGAACGCUGAUGGCUUCGGAGUGGGUUGGUACGCGCAACAAGCACCGCUUCCAUGCGUCUUCACCUCGCUGAAACCAGCCUGGAACGAUCCCAACCUGCGAAAUUUGUCGGACGAGGUGGUGUCGCCACUGAUUUUUGCUCACAUUCGAGCCGCGGGACCGUCCUCCUCGGUGAACGAGUCAGCGUGCCAUCCCUUCAAAGCGGGUCGUUUCCUCUUCGCGCACAACGGGCUGGUGGGCAACUUCACUCAGAUCAGGAGGGAGCUCCUCACCAGCCUCAACGAGUAUGCUUUCGGCAUCACCUUGGAACACGCUUGCAUCGAUUCUGUCGUUGCGUUUGGCAUUUUCCUGACGGAAUUGGGUGUGAGCAGCGACGAGGAUGCCAUGGUGGAAAGGACCGCGGACUCGUUAUGUGGAGCACUCUCCAGGACUGUGUUGCGAUUGACGCAAGCCGCUGCAGAAUUCGGACCUGAGGAGUCAUUGCUGAACCUCAUGGUCACUGAUGGCGAGCGCAUCGUAGCCUGCAGAUAUGGUACAGCUGGGGAGGAGACCACUGAAACAGAGCUGGGGGCGACCCUUUACCUUAGUGUUGGCUCGCGAUGGCUAGCGGAUCCUGAGGAUCCUCAAACCUUCCGCAUGAAGAAGGGGGCGGACAUCAAAUGCUGUACUGCCAUCCUAUCCAGUGAGCCAUUGACGCCGAUCCGCGAAGAGUGGAUGCCCAUUGCGCCCAACAGUAUCGUGCUGUGCGGCCGCACGCGUGGUGAGAGUCAAGCUAUUGACACCUUGAUGUUCGCGCUGAGAUGUGGCCCCGUGGUGGGUUUAAGCGCUUUGACCGGUGUUGAAUCGGCAGCGCAGGGCAGCAAGGAGUUUCUCUCACCAGCGAUUGAGAAUGAGAUCCCGAGCCGCCAGGACGUGUGGAUGUCCAUCAAUCCAACCUACGAAUCCGGCGACGUGAACUGCUUGGUGGCCCUCUCCGAAUCCAUCUUCGUUGCGGGCUCCAUGGAUGGCUCCUUGCGCUUCUUCCAUGCGGAUCAAGGUCAGGCGUGGGUUGUCAGAAGACAUAGCCAAGCCUCUGGACCUGUGCUGGCCUUACAUUUCCUCAGACGAGCAGAUGACAGCCUCACGAACUCCUCCCGGGGCGAUGAGUCGCCAGUGGAAUCCAUUGGAAGCCCGGCCGUGAGCACCCCGCGCUCGCCGGUGAUCCUCCUGCGCUCAAACGCCUCGGACGAGCAGCCUUCCAAGGUUGUGGGCCCUCAUGAGGUCUUAAAUGCACUGCAUGCGAAGUGUAAUGCGAAGCCCAUGGCGAUGGAUUUGCUGCUGUCCACUUCCACCAACGAGCUGCGCAUUUGGGACGUCUCAGCCGUGGUCCACGAGAGCAAUGAGGUCGACCAGGAGGUCAACGUGCCAUGCCUCCUAUGUUUCCACUUUGCUCCCAACCAAGGGCAUUUGUUGAGCAUUGCCGGCAACCUGGAACAUGUUUACCUGGGUUUCCAGAGCACCAACUUCUACUGCCUACACCUCUGGCAGGGCUGGAACAAGUUGAUGCAAGCGAAAACCCGAACCCGCACCACCAGGCACUACACCUUCAACGUGGAGCUGGCGAAGAAGAGCUGCGCAACAGCGGCCGGAGCAUAUGGUGCUGUGCCCAACGGAUCCAGUGGAUCGCAGAAGUUCUGCCACCAUUCCCUGCUGGAGGUAUUGCAGACGUGUCAGAACCGUCACAUGGGCUUCGUGCAUUGCACCUGCUACGAAGCCACCGCUGCAGUGGUAGCCUCCGGAGGCGGCGAUGGGAGGAUCUUCUUCUGGACCCAGCAGCACCAGGCCAUUUGCUCGUUCACUCACGGUGGUGCGGUAUUGGCUUUAGCGGCUUGUGCCAAAUCGAAGGCCAUCUUCUCUGGCGAUGCCCACGGUCGCAUCCGCGUCUGGGAUUCCGCCUCCGUUCAGCACGGCAGCAGGGCGGUGCUCUGUGCAGGAGGCAUCGGCUGCGGUGCCAUUCUGAGCUUGUCCACCUUGGGCGAUGCCGGGCGCGUCUGUGAAGGGCCACCCGUGGUGAUUUCAGGUGAUGCCGCCGGACUGGUGCGAAUUUGGGAUGCGGAACGCUGCUCCUUGCUGCGGGAGGUGAACACUGGGAUGAGCUGUUGCGCUGCAAUCACUGCCUUGGGAAUGAGGAUGUCAGCAACAUCUCCCAGUGAGCACUUCUGCCUUCGGGUGCCGCUGGGCGGCUGCAAUUCUGGUGUGAUCAAGCUGGCGUAUCUGGACUUGGCGACCAGCACCAAGAAGCAGCAGCUGCACCUGUCCCCUGUGGGUCGAAUCUGUGGGAGAUUCUGCCGGAACAAAGAUUGCGGCCACGAGGAUGUAGUGGAGUUCCAACGCUUGGUCACUCUACUGGGAGAAUUUGUGACCUUCCCCACCGUUUCGAGUGAUAGUCGAUUUGCGGCCGACAUGCAGAAAGCUUCAUCCUGGUUAGGCAGCAAAUUCGAGGAACUCCUAGGGGCUACGGCCCGCAUCUUUCCCGGGGGCGUCAUCGCACGCUGUGGCUGGGAUACGCGAAAACCGCUGGUGAUCAUGUACUCGCACUAUGACGUGGUGGCGGCUGGAAAGGGUUGGAGCACCGACCCCUGGACGAUGGUGGCGAAAGAUGGCUAUUUCUAUGGCCGGGGAGUCAGUGACAACAAAGGCCCAUUGUUGGCGCAAAUCUUUGCGGUGCGACGACUGCUGCAGGGCGAUCCCUCUGAGUUUUGCCUCAUGGGAUUUGAGACCGAAGCACCACAGGAGCACAACUGCCCGGUGAAUGUUCUGUUCCUGGUGGACGGUUACGAGGAAAGUGGAGAUCCAUCCGACACCAUUCGGAUGCUACGGGAGGCCAAGAGCGAUGGAUGGCUCAGAGGAGAAAUCAUUGGGCUGAUCAUCAACAACUCGCAGUGGAUCGAUGAUGAACGGCCGUGUUUAUGCUAUGGCAUGCGUGGCGUGGUGGACUUGGAGGUGGCCAUCAAGGGCGGCGAGCGCGACCUGCACAGCGGGGUGAAUGGCGGCCUGCUGCCAGAACCGAUCUUCGACCUCACGGCGCUGGCUUCCUCCUUGGUGGAUUCCUCGGGUUUGCCGGCCGUGGCCGGACUCUCCGAUGGUGUCAGCAAUCUGUCCGAAGAAGACCUGCAGAACCUCACGGCCGCCGCCCAGCAGAUGUCGGUGGAAAAGAUCACCCGACGCCUGGGCCUGGGCGGCUCCGGGGGACCUGCCUGGCUACAGAACCUGCAAAGUCCUGGUUUUGAGGCUCUUAAGAGGACCUGGGUGCAACCGAGCAUUUCCAUCACGGAAGUUGGCAAAGGCCCCAAACAUCAGCAUGGCCGACAUAUUGCCAACCGCGCCUCCUGUGUGAUCUCAAUUCGAACGCCAGGCCAAAAGGGCGAAGAUGUCGUGAGCUGUUUGAAGCAGCACUUGAAGCAUGAGUUUGGGAAGCGCCGCAGCUGCAACCAGCUGGAGAUCAACACUUUGGCGGUCUCAGAGGCAUGGGUUACGAAGCCUACGUCCAAGGUCUUUUGCGCAGCGAGGGCUGCAGUCGCAGAUGCCUGGAAGAUGGACGAAUCGGCCGUCUUGGCGGUGCGAGAAGGGGGAACCAUUGCGAUCUUGCCCCUCCUUGAAGCGGAACUGGGGUGUGAUGUUGUCCAGAUGGCGUUCAGUCAGGCAUCUGAUGCAGUUCACUUGCCCAACGAGCGCAUGUCACGAACAGUUCUGGCACGAGCCGUUGAUGCAAUCGCAGGCACCCUCUCGCGUCUGGCUGAGAGAUAAAAAAAAGUGCGAGAAUUUCAAAGAUCUUUUAAAACUGGCUGGUGGUUUCAAACAUC